AAAUCCCGCAACAAAAUGCAGCACGAUGACGUCAUUUGGUCCAUCAUCAACAAAAGCUUUUGCCAGUACAAAUCUCAGACAAAAACUCAAAAGUUUUGCAGGAAUGAAUAUAAUCUGACCGGCCUUUGCAACAGAUCUAUUUCCAAAAUUUUUUGAUAUUUUAGAAAUUUCGAGAAGGCUAUGGACCAGAUUAAUGAGAAUCUCCUGUACUGGCCUGGAUUCGUCAAACAGAAGUGUAAGCAAAGGCUGGUCAAAAUUACUCAGUACCUUAUUCGAAUGCGUAAGUUGAGACUCAAGCGCGCCAAGAAGCUGGUUCCUGUUCAGAAGAAAAUAGAAAGACGAGAGCGGGCACGAGAAGAGAAAGCACUGGUUGCUGCUAGAAUAGACAAUCAUAUUGAGAAGGAACUAUUGGAGAGAUUAAAGAAGGGAACAUAUGGUGAUAUUUACAACUUCAGUCAGAAAGCAUUUGAGAAGGCCUUGGAGAACGAGGAAGUCAGUGAUACUGAAGAGAAUCAGGAAGAGGAAGUAGAAGGAGAAGAGGAAGAAGAGGGAGAGAUUGAUAAGGAUGUUGAGCGGGAGCUUGAGGAAGAGUUUGAAGAGGAGGAAGAGGACCGUGUCUUUGUCGAAGAUUUUGAUGAAAGCGAAGAUGAGGAUAUAGAAGAUUUCGAGGACAGAGAAAAUAUUCCGGACGAUUCAGACGAUUCUUCAGACGAAGAGACGAACCAGAAGUCUAAACCGAAAGUAAAGGGGAAAAAGCGCGGGAAAAUUGAAAUUGAAUUUGAGGAGGAGACGGAACCGCGGGAAAAACUUGCCGCGUAAGAUAAUUAUUUUUUUCAGAA